AGCGUGGAACACAUAUUUUGAAUAAUGAAUGAAAUUACUACGCUUCAUAAACUAGUAGCGUGAAUGUAAAAAAAAAAUUGGACAAGAUUUUUACCUAUACAGGCGACCUUUUUACCAUGACCUGAAAUUUGUUUUGCACAAGUUUGUAAAUACAUAAACAUCAUAGCUGGUGUAAAACACGAAAUAAUUCAUCGUUUAACAAGGAUCAUACGUCAAAGUUUUUGAAAAUUUGUUGUGAAAAAGGGUGAAAGAAAUCUGAAACGAUUCAUAAACAGUGGAAAGCUGACAGAGCUUUUUAAAAGAAGUUUUAGUGAAGAAUAUAUUCAAAAUCAAGGGACGUGUUAAAGAAAGUAUAAAAUUAUGUCGAAUUCACGGGCGGCUAAUAAAAUGAAAGCAAAAAUAUGUGAGCAGGCGGAGCGGUACGAUGACAUGGUCAAAGAGAUGAAGGACCUCAUUCAAGGUUCCGAUAAAACAGAUGACCCCUUGGACGAAGAGGAGCGCAACCUGUUGUCUGUUGCCUAUAAGAAUGUGGUUGGUCAACGACGUGCUGCUUGGAGGGUUCUCAGCGCAAAGCUUGAGUCGCCCGAUAUGAAUGAAAAGCAUCGAGAAUUAACGGAAGGUAUGAAAAAAAGUGUCGAGAAUGAGCUGAAUGGAUUAUGUAAAGAAGUUCUUAAACUUCUUAAUGAAAAUCUAAUACCAAACCCUGAAAAUGUACCAGCGAAAAUAUUCUAUCUGAAAAUGAAAGGUGAUUAUUACCGCUACAUGGUUGAAAUUUGCGGAGAGAGUCCGUCGCGCGAAGAUUCAGUGAAAAAAGCGGAAAGCGCCUAUGAUGAAGCGUUUAAGAUUGCCAAGGAAAAAUUGCCGCAAAGCAGUCCAAUAAGACUUGGACUGGCUCUCAAUUAUUCUGUGUUCUUUUAUGAAAUUAAGGACAGUCCUAAGGAAGCGUGUGAGCUAGCUAGGUCUGAGUUUGAUGAGGCCAUGAAUGUGAUAGAAGAUGCUAAAGAGGAAGUCUACAAGGAUAGCACACUCAUAAUGCAACUAUUAAGGGACAACCUUACUCUCUGGCAAUCGGAACGAGAAGCGGAUGAUCAGGACGACUGACCUUGACAUUUAGAUCAUGAAAUGAUAUUGACCUUAAUUAUCGAGUAAUGACAUUGACAUUCAAACUUUAUUAGAAAUAAGGCGGAUAAUGAUUAUCACGCGUAAUAAUUUUACAAUACAGACACCCCUUUGAAUCUUAACAUGUGACAAAAGUUCAAUAUCUGACCAACUGAAAGCGUGUCAAGUGGACUUUGUUUUGAAGAUACUUAUGUUAAUGUAAGGAAUAUUUAAGUUGUGCAUUGAGUGUAUUUUUUCCUUUGGUAUGAUUAGUUUUGUUUUUAGCUGAAAUGAUCUUUGUUCAGGGUGUCCUAUUAGUACAAGUGGAUAGUCCGACGUCCAUCGUCUAUUGUUCGAAGAAUUCCAUUCUAUACAGAAUUCUGGUUGCCAUGGCAACCAAAAUGAUAAACUAAUUUUCAAAUUACAAAACCGUAAGUCCCAACGCUUAGAUAUUUGUAUGUAGCAUUUGCUAGUAGUCUUGUGCCAAUCUGUUUUUUCAUAUCAUUCCCCUGGGAUCAAAACUGAGGUUCACUUAGUUUACGUAAUCUCUAUAUAAGCAAAAUUUCUAAUCUUCUUGUAUAAAACCUGAAAGCCUAAAGUUUAUAUUUUGGCUUGUAGCAUUGCGUGAUGGUCAUCUGCCAAGUUUGUACAAAUUAUGCCCCUGGAGUCAAAAUUGGUCCCGCCCCGGGUUUUAUAUAGUUUACAUAGACUUAUAUAAGAAAAACAUUUUUAAAAAUCUUCUUAUCUAAAAUUGCAAUGCCCGGAGCGUAUAGAUACUUCUUACGGGUAUUUAGUAUAUAGCAUUGAAAUAGAUCCUCUGCCAAGUUUACUCAAAUCAUUCUUCUGUGGUCAAAAUUGUCCCCGUCCAGGGGUUCAUUUAUUUUACUUAAAUUUAUAUAGAUAAAAAGGUAAAAAGCAGUUAACAUCUUCUUCUCUAAAACAUCUAGGCCUAAAUCUUUAACAUUGUGGAGUCGUCUUUUACCAGGUUUGCUCAAAUUAUUUCACUUUGGUCAAAAUUAGUCCCCCAUCCGUGGUGUUCGCUUGUUUUACAUGGACUUAUACAGAAAUAAAAAACACAUAAAAAUCUUCUUGUCUAGUAUCGUAAGUAUAGAUAAUUGGUACGUAGCAUUUAAUGGUCUUCUACCAAGUCUGUAUAAGUCAUGCCUGUGCUGUCAAAAUUGGCUCCGCUCUUGGGUUAAUUUGUAUCAUAUAGACUCCUGUAAGAGAAUCUUUAAAAACGUCUUAAAAACUUAAACCUAAAGCCCGGGGUCACUUGUUUAUAUAAGAAAAACUUUUAAAAAAUUUCUUGUCUGAAACCUCAAGCCUUCGAGCUAAGAUAUUUCGCUUGUAGCACUGUGUUGUGUAUCUCUGUGAAUUUUAUUCAAAUUAUGCCUCUGGGAAUAAAAUUGUCUCCGCCUAGGGGUCACUUGCUUUUCAUAGACUUCUUUAAUAAACAAGAUGCCCACGGGCAAGAUGUCGAGCCCGCCAGCUGUCAUAAGGACUAUGAGAUGCACACACCCUAAGUCCAAACAAAAAUCCUUACCAUUAGAUAUAGGUCAUAAUACAUCUCAAAAUUGGAUGUAACAUGUAUGUUGUACUACAGAAAAGUGGUCUUGAUUUUUCCCUACGACCAGCAAUAACAAAAUUACAAUAUAAGCUAUUAAUAGUAACAACAAAUGGAAGUAAUUCUAGGUUCUUGCGCAUUACACUCUGUCUCAUGAUGGUAAACAAUUGUGCCAAGUUACAUCAAAAUCCCUCUAUGCAUGAAAAAGAAAUGCUCCGGACAAAGUCAUUCUUGUACCUGACCUUUGACCUCUAAGUGUGACCUUGACCUUAGACUUAGGGACCUGGUUCUUGCGCAGACACUCCGUCUUAUAAUGGUGAACAUUCAUGCUAAGAUACAUCAAAAUCCCACCAUGCAUUAAGAAGAAAUGCUUCGGACAAACUUCAAUUUGACCUUCGACUGUGACCUUGACCUUUGAGAUAGGAACAUGGGGUUUGCGCAUGACACUCCUUCUCAUUGAGGUUAAAAUUCUUGCCAAAUAUGAACAAGAUUGGUCCAUGCAUUUUAAGUUAUGAUCCGGACAAAAUCGGAUGCAUGCACAUACACCGAACCGCCAAAAGUGGCGACUAAGUCGAGCUCACCGCAAGCGGGCUCGACAACAAUCUCGUCUGAAGCUGCAGGACCCAGAGUUUAGACAUUUGGUGUGUCGCAUCGUCUAGUGGUCCUCUACCAAGUCCAUUCAGAUGUUGCUCCUCGGGUCAGUAUUUGCCCUGUCCAUGGGGUCGCUUGUUUAACAUAGGCUUUUAUAGGAAAAAAAUCUAAAAAAAAUCUUCCUGUCUAGAAAGCUUAGAUAUUUGUUAUAUAGCGAUGUGUAGAGGUCCUCCGCUAAGAAAUCAUGUCCCAAUUUACUCGAGUGGGCGAUAUAGGGCUAUCAAGGCCCUCUUGUUUCCUUUUAUAAGUGAUAAUUUUUAUCCAUAAUACCUGAACAUAAAAUUUAAAGAAAAUAA